CACUUUCUAUGGCUCCUCCCCUCGCCUCAGCUUGUUCACUCGCUCUCGGGUCAAAUUAGACCCACACUUUCGCUUCGUUUCAAAGCCAAAAUCAUCAGGCUCAUACCAGGCAGUAGAACCGAACGGCUGCUUCAGAUGUCAGUUAACGGCCUUCAUAGCAUAUAGGAAGCAGGUCUGCGAAUACACCUAGAUCUAGCUCCGAAACGGUAGUUCAGAGCAGUCGAAAUUCUCCUUCGCAUUGCAAGCAAGCUGCCGCUGCCCCCGCUGCCCCCGAUUCCCCCGCUACCCCCGCUGCCUGCAGUGAUUACGUUCUGAACAACCCCCGCGAUACCUGUGGGCGGAAACCAUCGGAUUGCUGUUCUUCACCGCGAGUUAACGUUCAAGCGAAGGAAAAGGAGACGCAGGAUGGAGCCUUCAGGGCUGCCAGUGUUCCAGGCUCCUAAACGAUUGGCGAUUGCGAGCGACGCCAUCGUGGCUGUCGCAUUCGUCGCACUCGCGACUGCCGGCGUCGCCAACGCUGGCCGACCGCAGCCUCGAAUUCUUCUCUCCAGCACCGGCACUGCGACGAUCGUCAUCUCCGUGAUCAUCGGCGUGCUCCUCGUUGCGCUCGUCGCGCUCGGAGUCAAGAUGCUGCUCGACAGAUCCAAAGCUUCCAAGAAGUCAGCCCAGGAGGUGGCGGUGAAACGCUGCAAGCAACCCCUGCCGGAAAGCCAGGCGCUUUUCCUCCGAGAGGUGAUGCUGGUAACCAGUCUGCGCCACCCCAACCUGCUGUCGCUCAUCGGCUACUGCGACGAGGGCAGCGAGCAGAUCCUCAUUCUCGAGCACAUGCCCUACGGCUCCCUCGCCUCCUGGCUGCGCCCACAUGCUGAUGCCGGUGCGAGACAGCCGCCCACUCUCAGCUUUGACCAGAGGGUGAAGAUCGCUGCUGACGUGGCACGAGCAGUGGAGUUCCUUCACUCGCAGCCCAAGCCCAUCGUGCACCGCGACAUCAAGACCGAAACCAUCCUGCUGGACGAAAGUCUCAAU